GGGAAAUAAAGUUCACCUUUCACCCCCGCCCUCCAUCGCUCCCAGGUGUCACGGUGGAAAAGGGGAUAUUUUUAGGCAAAAACGCCGAAUAUCGGGUCUUCAGCUCGCCAUGGGAGGAUCCCAGAGUACGAGAAAGGUAACGUUAGAGCAAGGAGACAUGGAGGGAGUGGUGAAGGUGUCAGCAUCAGUAGUGAAGAGGAUGAGGGGAGAACCUGAGGAUGAACCAUCAUCUACUGGUGCUCCACCAUUAGAGCCAGAGGCUGGAAGAUCCAGGGACGGCAUACCAAGAGAAACACUACUUCCACAUGAGCAGAAAGCAGUUUUACACGAAGCCAUACAGGAAAGGGACAGAUACUGGCAAGACAAGCUUCAGUCAGUGGAGGAAAAGAAUGCACAGUUGAACCAGCUGACAGUCGAACAGUUCCACAAGGCAGCUGAGGAGGUCGAGGCCAAGUUCAUUAAGCAGCACUACAAACCAGUCUGCCAGGAUCUACAGGAGGCAGUCAUGACCUGUUACAUCGAAAACCCCAAACAGACCCUCAACUGUGCACAGCAGACCAAAGCUUUCACCAGCUGUGUGGAAAAUGCAAGAUUGCAUUCCCUGAGGACUGGUUUGGGUCAACAGGCAUAAGAGUAUGCUACAACUCAAGGCAUCAUCGUAGCUGAAACAUCAAGAGCCUUUCACCUGUACCAUCUCAAAGAGUGGAAAGCCAAAGCUUUUUAUGACACAAUAUUAUAUGGUAACCAGAAAUGAAGAAAAGUAGUAACAUUUUUGUUAAGUUAGCAUAAGAAUCUGCAUGUGCAUGCUUGUGUACAAAAAGUCCCGAAGCCAUUUAAGUCUACUGUCAU